AUGUCAGAUACAACUCCACCGAUAAUACCAAAAAAUCAUCGGAAGAGAAACACUCAUUACGUGAAUGACCAAUUUUGGAAAAGGGAACCAAUAUCUUUAACAAGAGAACAAUUGGGGACUAAUUAUGGCUGGAAAACUUUGUUAAUUUUACAAUUUCAAUAUCAAUUUCAAAUAAUCGUUUUGGGAGGAAUUUCUUUUAGUGCUGUUGUUGUUUUGAAAGAUUUAUCGUUCGCUGUAUCGAAUACUAAAGAAUUACCGGAACUUUAUGAAGCUAAAGUGGCAGCUACUAUAUAUAUUUUCGAUGUUGUUUACGCAUUGGAUAUUCUCCUCAUGAUAAUUUACAAGAAUAUAACAUGGCACGAAAUUGAUUAUUUAUACAGUGAAAGACCCGGAUACAUAGUAAUAUUAGAAUUUUUAUCGGUUUUACCGUACGAGAUUCAAUUGACCCCCGAUAACCCCGUUUUUCAUUAUAUGAGAGCCCGAUAUGUUUUAAGAGUGGUCAGGAUUGUAUAUAUAUCAAAAUUAACAUCGAAAAUGUCGAUGGAAAAUACCGGGUUAAAACUCUUCAUUAAUUUUUCAAAUCGCAUCUUUGUAUUAACGUUCAUUUUUACUUUUAUCGUCGCGGUUUCUUACUCGAUGACCGAAAAAGUACAUCUAACAACCGAAAUUUUUCACAACAUCAUGAUUGUAACCUCGUCAAGGGUUACAAAUAAAGGAUUUGGCGAAGCGACGAAUCUAAAAACAAGCAUUCAUUAUUACGAGUACACAAUUUUAACUUACAUCCAUUUGAUAUCAUUUAUAAUCGUGUCAUAUCAAGUGUGUUAUUAUGCGUGCAUUUUGGUGCCGGGGAUGAAACACGCUUCUAAAUUUGCCCAUAGAUUCGAAGAGAUUAAUUUGAUUUUAAAACGAUGGAAAAACGAUGUUGAUAUGAAAAAUUUUCAUUUAUCUUUCAAAAAAACAGUUUUGAACUAUUUUAGAAUGUCGUGGCAAAAAAAUAAGCGACAAUUCCACAGAUAUGUCCCCAGCGAAAUAGUUCCUGAUAUAAUCGUUAAAGAAAUUGCGUUAGAUGUUACUUGGGAUGCCUUCAAACAUUCGCAUUUAUUUAAAAAUGUUAGCGUAUCGUUUUUGAGGAGUUUAUCGGUGUUUAUGCAACGAAAUGUUUAUUACCCGGGGGAAAUUGUGAUAAAAAAGAACAUGAUGAAAUCAUCGAUGGUUUAUGUUAUUUCGGGGAUUAUACAAAUACUUUCGGAGGAGAAUGGAGAGACUCCUAUAAUGUCUUUAUCGGGCGGUAGUUGUAUUGGGGAGUCUUCUUUGUUUAUUGAUUACCCAUCGACUUGUACGGUUGUUGCAAAAAGUUGCACUGAAGUGUAUACUUUGAAACGAAAAAAUGUUAUUAGUAUUUGUAAAUUUUACCCGGAUAUUUACAGACUAUUAACGAAGAAGAUUACGAGACGAUAUAAGAAAGCGAAAUUGUAUCAACGCGCGUUUCAAAUUUUAAAAAGGAAAUAUCAAUUGAUUGACGAUAUUGAUUUUCUCCCGAUAUAUUACGUGAUUAAGACUUUGAGAGGUUUCGGUAAAACCGAUCGAAUUAUUAAUAGGGAACACCAAAGAUUAUCGAGCAUUUUGGAUGAUUUCGUUUUUUGCGCUGAUUAUUUAGAUUUGUUGGUUCUCCCUGAUGAAUUGCAUUUGGUUUCUGAUACCGUUUUCGUCAGCGAAACUUUUCCUUUUAUAUUUCAACCAAACUCGGUGUUUAUUGAAAUGUGGAAUUUCAUCGUUGGAUUCAUCGCUUGUAUUAUGGUGAUAUUGUAUCCUUUGGCUGUGUGUUCAAUCGCGGGAGAAAAAUUCACCCGAUAUGUAAUGUUGAUUAUUUUAAUAAUUUCUUUUAUUUGGAUUAUCGAUGCUUACAUAAGAGUUUCGACGGCCGUUAACACAAAGCAUGCUUUUCACACUAAAAUGUCGGAUAUAUUUUAUUACAGAUUGAGCACGAUGGGUUUUUUGGUUGAUAUACUUUGUUGUAUACCCGUUGGGCCCGUUUUAUACAUAAUCAACACAACGAUGUCAACGCAUACCUUAUUAUUAUUAGAAAUUCAUAAACUCUUAAAAGUUUAUCGAAUCAACGACGCCGUUCAAAAAUUAACCGAAUUAAACACCAAAAAAAUGAUGAUUAUAACGUAUUUAAAAAUCUUAUCAAUACUAUUUUUAUUAUUUUAUUACAGUACUUGCAUCUUUUAUUUACUCGUAUGCCAAAAAGAUUGCAACAAAACAUUUCUCGGGUAUUUAGAAAGUUUCUACGAGAUUGAACAAACGAACGCGCCCGAAAGAUUCAUAUUAUUAUACACUUUGGCAAGUUAUUUUGUGAGCGACACCUCGGUAUUUUCAUUUAUGGAUGUACUACCAUAUAACCAUUUCUUUAUAGUCCUCUUUAUGCAAAUCUUUUAUUGUUGCAUGUACAUAUACGCCCAAUCGAUCGUGAUAGCGGCCGAAGUUUCAACGUCCCAGGAAACGUUUGAAUUUAAAGAAUACAUGUCUAACGUUGACGUAAUGUUUGCGAAGGUUAAAUUCCCCGAAGAAACAAACAAGAAAGUUUUUAAAUACUUAAAAAAACAAUAUUAUUUAGAUAAAGGAGUUUCGUUUCUUUACGACGACGCCGUAUGCAAAGAGAUGACCAAAAACCUACAUAUUUUAUACAAAUACAUCAUGUUUGGAAAACACGUUAACGACAUCUUGAUUUUUUCCGACUUACAAAACAAUUUAUUAAUGGAAAUUGCUCGAAGAAGUGACAUAAAUACAUAUUUAUCUGGUGAAGUUAUUUGUUACGCGGGGGAAGUUUGCAAAUAUAUGUAUUUUAUUAUUUGCGGUUUUUGUAAAGUGAUUUAUAGAAACGGCGUGGAAAAAGUAAUCACCGUAAAAGAUUCGAUUUCGUCUUUUGAGCUAUGCAUGGAGAUACCUCACAUAAACACGGUUAUUGCGUGUACAGAUUGUAAAUUAUUAGCAUUAAAUUCGAAAGAAUUUUCGUACGUUUUAAAAUGGCAUCCAGAAUUAAAACGGGAAUUUGAUGAAAUGCGAAAUCGAACGGAUACAAUUGCGAUUAAUAGAUUAUUAGCGGAAGAGGUUAAAAGAAUUCCACCGAAACCCGUUUAUAAGAAAAAAUCAUUUAAAUAUUUUAAAUUCACAAAAAAGAAAUCUGAUAAUAUGGAUUUUCACGUUGGUUUUCCAAAACUUUGGAUUAUUUUUAAAUAUUUAUUAAUGCGAGCGACGAUUAUUCCCGAUUCAAAGUUUUUAAUUGCUUUUGAAUUGUUUCGGGGAAUUUUUGCGUUCUUUUCAAACGCUUUAAGUGCUACUGCUGUUUUUUAUCAAACAUCUGCUAUAUUUUACAGUUUAAUUGCGUUAGAUAUUAUUUCAUGGAUCGAUAUUUAUGUUAUGCAUCAUGUUUGUUAUUAUAACGCUAACGGUCUUUUAGUUUUCCAUCCCUUGUCAACAGCUAAAUAUUAUUGGAAAAACCGAUUUAUGUUUGAUUUUAUUGCAUGUCUCCCCAUCGAUUAUCUCUUUUUAGAUCAUUAUCUUUACAUUUAUUUGCGCCUCAACAGAUUUUUACAACUCUAUCGGGUCUUGAUGGUAUUAAAACAUUUAGAUUUACGACAAUUAUCGAACACACAUUUUUUUGACAUAAUGAAAUAUCUUCCUUUGGCGAUAUUGUCUAUUUAUUAUUUGAGCUCGGUGAUUUUAAUAAGUACAUGUAUGACCCCGAAAUUUCAACUAAAAAAUUCCGUUGAAUGCGCAACGGGGUACUUUGUCACGAAAAGAAUGCCUAAUGCUACGUACGCUCCGUCAAAUGCCCUUGUUGCUAAUUUUCUAUUAACAGUUAUGUCGUUUGCUAUGAUUAAUACCACGAAAAUUCGAUUGGAACAAGUAAAAGAAAUGAUUAUGUACUCAUUUGUUGUGUUAAUUGGAACGGGAUUUUCUAUAUGGUUAACAGCAAAAGUUGUUGCUGGAAAUUUUUUUAGGUAA